GCAAGGGCCUGCAAGGACCCCUGGCAGGUACCAGUGGGGAGGCUGUCCCGCGUACCCCAGACGCGCUUUUCGCAAUGACAUUUUGCGUGAGUUUUGGUGUGUUCGGCAUUUUGUCAGAGCGCGCAGCUAACAGCCCCGCUGCGUUGCUCCGGGGACGGUUUCUCCUUAUUUCACUGGGAAAUAUUUGGGGGGAAGAGCCCUCCGCGGCCCCGCUGCUGGGGCACCCCCGGCCACAGCGCCGCCGCCCCCAGGUGCUGCUCGGGGCCUAGCGAGCCUGGGCCCCGCAGCUCGGGCACACCCGCCGCCGGGGCCGCGGCAGCCGGGCGGGGCGGGCGGCGCGGCGCUGUGCCCGGCGGCGGCGAGGGCCGCGGGGGGCCGCGGGGCGGGCGGGCGCGCCGCCGCCGCCGCUGUUGCUCCCGGUGCCUCCGCUCGGGCGGCUCCUGGCGGCGGCGGCGCUCCGAGCCCCUCCCGGCCGGCGGGGACGGCGGCGGCGGCGGGGCCCGAUGGCGAGACCCGGCGCUGCGUGCCCGCCGCCCGCCCGCCGGGUGAUGGUGGCCGCCCGGGCACUGCUCUUCUGGGCGCUGGUGUACAGCUACUGCGGGGUGUGCGCCUGCAUCGCGGGGCUGCGGCUGCUCUGGAGCAUUGGCCGGCGGCCGGGCGAGACCUUCCGCUGGGUGGUGCGGGAGAACCCCCCCGCCUGCCUCAGCGACCCCUCCCUGGGCACCCACUGCUACGUCCGGAUCAAGGAUUCAGGGUUAAGAUUCCACUAUGUGGCUGCCGGAGAAAGGGGUAAACCACUCAUGCUGCUGCUUCAUGGCUUUCCAGAAUUCUGGUAUUCUUGGCGCCAUCAAUUGCGGGAAUUUAAAAGUGAAUAUCGAGUGGUGGCUCUGGAUUUGAGAGGUUAUGGAGAAACAGAUGCUCCUUCUCACAAAGAAAAUUACAAGUUAGAUUGCCUGAUAACAGAUAUAAAGGAUAUUUUGGAAUCUCUAGGGUACAACAAGUGUGUCCUGAUUGGCCAUGACUGGGGAGGAAUGAUCGCUUGGUUAGUGGCUAUAUGUUACCCUGAAAUGGUGACCAAGCUGAUUGUGGUUAACUUCCCUCAUCCUUCUGUGUUUACAGAAUACAUUCUACGACAUCCAUCACAAUUGAUUAAAUCUGGUUACUACUUCUUUUUCCAAAUGCCAUGGUUUCCUGAAUUCAUGUUUACAGUAAAUGAUUUCAAGGUUCUGAAAAGUUUAUUUACCAGCCAGGCUACUGGAAUUGGAAGGAAAGGCUGCAGAUUAACAACAGAGGACAUUGAAGCUUAUCUCUAUUUCUUUUCACAACCUGGAGCACUAACUGGACCCAUUAACCAUUACAGAAAUAUUUUCAGCUGCCUACCUCUGCAGCACCAUGAAGUCGUCAUGCCAACCCUGCUGUUAUGGGGAGAAAGAGAUGCAUUUAUGGAAGUUGAGAUGGCAGAAACAACACGGAUUUACGUUAAAAAUCAUUUCAGAUUAACUAUUUUGUCUGAAGCCAGUCAUUGGCUUCAGCAGGAUCAACCUGACAUAGUGAACAAGUUGAUAUGGACCUUUCUAAAGGAAGAGACAACAAGAAAAAGAGAAUGACUGUUUGUACAUGUUUAAAGGGGUCUACAUAAAAGCUCUUCAGAUUUAAAAACUAAUUGUUAUCAGGGCCAUAUUUCCAGCCUGCCUUCUAUUUUGAGCUCUGUUAGAGAAAAGUGUUUUCAAUGUACUGUACAUUUGGACACCAAUGUUACUGCUAAAAGAAGUGAGUAUGAGAAUAUAUAAUACCAACAUUGGUUUUACCUGUAUACUUGUAUUUUGCACAUAAAAACACCUGCCUUAAGAUGUAUAUGUAUUUGUACAGAAAGAAUAUCAUGGAAAGUUGCUUGGUUUUGUUUUCUCCCUUGCUUUACAGUUUUAAUGUGUGGUGCCUUUUACAAAUUUAUAAUGAAACAAGAGUGGUGCCAUACUGAAGGAAGUCAUGAGUUUUCAUUCUAGAUUUGCCCAAAUUUUUUUAAUGUAUUUUACCAUUAAACAGUAACUCUUUUUAUUAUCUAUAUUUUAGCAUACUGAAUGAUUGAAAAAUUUCUGGGCACAUUUCUAGUCUUCAAGUAAAUAAUGAUACAGAUCUUGUUGUAUUGUUGAAUGCAGCUGCUUUGUGCAAUGUGUUUUUCUUUGUUGACUAAAAAAUGGGAAACCUGUACACUCAACAUGUUUGAACAAGAAGAAUGGAAAAUUAAGAUAUAACAUGUAUCAAAUCCACCUCUGUCUAAUAAAAUGCAACUUAAAC